UUCUGUGGGAAGUAGAAUAGAGCGAAGGGCUCUAGGGUUUAUUCUUCGGCAGGAAGCGUCUCGCUCAGGCCUCCUUUAUUAUUAGAAGAAGCAGAUUAUUGAUGUGUCCAUUGCGCAGCCCCACCGUGGGUCUCCGGCCCCAGCUACAUCCAUGCUAUCUUUGAAGGGAGAUUCGGCGUCAGCGCUACUGACGGAGCCUUUUGCAUAUCUGUACGUGCAUUCGGACAUGCUGAUCGGAAUUUCCUGAGGAGGAUCAAGCAACGUCAAAAACGGCUGCUGCUGUGUUGGAUGCGGAGAGGAGCGAUGUGUUCGCUGUCAGUAGGAUUUAUAUUCAUUUACGUUAUGUAAGAGUCUAAGCGCGCCACGCAGAUGUACAAUACCCUGAACUGAGGAGUAAUAAUGAAUAACGCGCAAGAUAUGUCUCCCGAUUUUGUAUUGAUGCGCUUGGUUUCUGCUGCGGAGUAUGACCGUGUGGACGAGGAGAAUCUGUUGACGGGCAGCGGAGUGGUUUCCGGAUUCGGGAAAGCAGCAUUGGGUCAUCAUGGUAACAACAUCACCAGUGGGUUCGACUUGGACCCCAGCAACCCCUCCGCAGGCCCGGCGUGCCAGACCAAUCCCUCCCCGCACUGUAGUGCUCAGUCGGAGAGCGGGACAGCAGCGCUUGACAGCGGCGUAAUGCUGACUCGACCCUCGCUGUCUGAUACGCCACCGCCGCCCGACUUUGCCGUGGCCCAGCGCUUCGAAUUCCCUCACGCGGGGGGCCGAGGCUCACGGGCGCAGCUCAUGGUUUUCCAGAACCUCCUGACGACCGCAGAAGGACUCGAGCAGGCAGGCUAUCAGACGGCCGAGGGAGACGCACAGGACGGCAACGGCGGCAGCACAGGUGUGUCGAGCGACACCAAUGACAGCUCCAACUAUGGCAUAAGCGCACAUCACCACCACAAACUGCCCUCACAAAGACUACAGUGGCACCCGGUCAUGCAGCUCACCAAGGUAGCGGUGGAGGGCAGCGACCUACCCAUGGGACGAGGAGCCCUCUGCCACAGGCACCACCUCGUCACCGACGCCAUGGACUGGCCUCCCUCACUGGACAAAUCCCUCCAGCAGUUUGGCCUGCUGGACCCGCGUAAACCUGGAACCGAGCACCACCACCACCACCAUGGGGAGGACCCGGUGCUGAGUCUGGCCCGGCGUCUAGAGGAGCUGGGCCAGGCCUCAGAGAAGCUCCUGAAAGAUGGAGAGCCUCUACGCUGCUCCUGCCAGAGCGUGCUGGCCUCGGCCAGAGCCGGCAUGGGGCCCGGAGAGGACCCGAGCGAAACCAGCGAUGCCCUAUUGGUACUGGAGGGCCUGGGCUCGUCAGAGGUGGGCGAGCUGGCGAUGGGCCAUGGGUGUCCAUGCCCCUGCCCUGGCGGGCCGGAUGGCUUCAAAGCAGAACCGGGGACCCAGUCCGGAGGGCAGGAUGGGGUCGAGCCGGACACAGGGCAGCCAGGACAGGGACAGGGGGAGGGGGAAGGGGAGGGGGAGGGACAGGACCAGGAGGGGGGCGCGACGACACCUAUGACCAUGACAACUAUGACUGUCGCCGCGGCAACGUCCACCUUCUCCAGCAGCUCUCUGAGUGGCCUGAUGCGGCAGGUGCAGAGGCUGGCGGCGGCCGGGGCGGCUCUGGAGCCCUGUUGCGACCCCCAGACCCGACACCUCUCCGAAACCCUACCCAACACCAACACCCCGUCCUCCUCAAACACACUGGCAUCGGCACAUCCCUCCUGCUCCUCCUCUGUACCCUCCUCCUGUCUCGAAGGGUCCACCUCAAUCGGAGGCCCAACGGAGCACCUUCGUCCCCCACCAGACCCCCAUCAACCCUCCUCCUCCUCCUCCCCUUCCCUCUCCACCACCCUUCCCUCCUCCAGUCACACCCCACUGAGCCGACCCCCGACCCCCAAGCGCAUCGGCUCCCCCAUGUCCGUGGCCGCGUGCCUGGGUAGCGGCCUGAGCACCAGCCUGGGCGGAGGUCUCGGUCGCGGAGGCCUCGGUGGUGGCGGUGGUGGUAGCGGUAGUGGAGGCCUCGGUGGAGCAGCAGCUGGGGGCCUGGAGAGCCAGAAGAGCAGGGGCAAGUCGAGGAAAGGCUCCCUGAAGAUCCGGCUCAGCAAGCUGUUCCGCACCCGCAGCAGUGGCAGCGGGGUGGGCACCCCAGGCGGCAGCAGUGGCGGUGGCAGUACCGGGGCGCUGGGGCUGGGGGCUAGCGGGGGUUCAGGCGGGCCCAGCCCGCUGCUGGACAAGAGGCCCUCGCUGGCCUCCUCCACCUCCUCUGGUGGGAGCCUCAUGGACGUCUGGAGCUCCUGCUCCUCCAGCGCCGAGCCCGACGCAGCCGGCAGCAGACUCCAGCUGUCCAGGCCCCAAAGUGCCUUUUCGCCAGUGCCCUUCAGCCCUGCCUUCACUGGUGAGACAGUGUCCCUGGUGGAUGUGGACAUUUCUCGCAGGGGAGGGAACUCUCUGCACCCCCCCACACCCCCGCCUCCUCCCAGACGGAGCCUCAGCCUCUUGGAUGACUUCGGUGGGCCCCAGCCGGGGGCGUCCCUGGAGACCAUGGUGGGUGCUUCCAUGCAGUCGCUGCCCCUGAGGCAGCUGCCCCCCUCCCACGCCAUCAUCCAGCACAGCCUGAGCCUCAACGACACCUUCCUACGGGGGCUGCCUCGGCCCAUGCCUCUGGUUCCGGAUGGUUCCAACAUGGGGGGCGUGCGGCCCGAUCAGCGGCCCACUCUCUUCCCCCUCAGCCGGGCCGACGCCAGCAACUUCGCAACCAGCCUGCGCGAACUGGAGAAGUGUGGUUGGUACUGGGGUCCUAUGAACUGGGAGGAUGCGGAGAUGAAGCUGAAGGGAAAGCCAGACGGCUCCUUCCUGGUUCGUGACAGCUCCGACCCGCGCUACAUACUCAGCCUCUCCUUUAGAUCACAGGGAGUCACGCACCACACACGCAUGGAGCACUACAGAGGGACGUUCAGCUUGUGGUGCCACCCCAAGUUUGAGGACCGCUGCCACUCAGUGGUGGAGUUCAUAGAGCGUGCCAUCAUGCACUCCAAAAACGGGAAAUUCCUCUACUUCCUGCGAUCUCGCGUACCAGGGUUGCCGCCCACCCCGGUGCAGCUGCUGUACCCGGUGUCGCGUUUCAGCUCCGUCAAGUCCCUGCAGCACCUCUGCCGCUUCUGCAUACGCCAGCUGGUGCGCAUCGACCACAUCCAGGAGCUGCCCCUACCUACACCCCUGAUUGAGUACCUGAGGAAGUUCUACUACUACGACCCGGAAGAGGAAAUGUACAUGUCCAUUAGGGAGGCCAGGAGGGUCCCGGGACCCGGACCUGGAGCUGGGCCCUCGCAGCCCGCCGAGACACAGACGUAGCACUCCUACCUACCACAUGAAGGAAUCCUUUUAUUUUUGUACACGUGGACAGCUGCCCAUAUGGACUGCAAAUCCAGCUGCUGACGGUGCUGGUUGGAAGCUGGAGGGUUUAAACUGCUGGUGUUGUUCGGUGACAGGGAUAAGU